CUUAGUAGCAUGAACCUGUGUCGAGGUAACUCGGAUACAAUGAAUUUCUUUUACAGUGAAGGAAUGCUUUCGCGAUCGCAGUACUGAUACAUUCUUACAUUAUAUAAAAUUAUGGCUGAGGACCAACAGGCCUUGUCCCUUAGCUGGGUCUUUGGCGCCUCAGCCACCAUCAAGCACAGCGUAGUCAACCUUUCCGAUGGGUACACGGACAAAAUUUGCUACUUGGCAGCCAAUACCGCUGUCAUUUACGACAAGCGGCUGAGGCGACAAGUAUUCUUACAGGGUCACACCAGCCCCAUCACAUGCAUCGCCACGACCGACGACCGCUCUCACGUUAUCACAGCUGACCAGGGCCCAGAGUCCCUGCUGGUGGUAUGGAACGUCCGUACAGGUCUGCCCACCUGCACCGUACAGCGGCCCCACCGCCACGGCGUGUACUGCAUGGACGUGUCCUUGGACGGGCUGUGGCUGGCCACCUUCAGCGCACCGGACCCGGAGACCAGCGAGCAGGAGAUAUCCCUCUGGUCGCUAUCGGCGCUUUUGGACCCAGCUGCAGCAGCCAUGCAGGCGCGCCAAUACCAGCAGCAGCAGCAGCAGGCGGGGGGUACUGAGGGGAGCGCCGGGGGCGGUGUCGCCGCGGGCGGGCCCAACCCGCUGCGUCCCAUUGUGACUACGGUGAUGCCAGUGGGCGACAUCCAGUUCUCUCUGAGAUUCAGUCCCAACAAUCCCCAAGAGCUCAUCUCCAACGGGAAGAAGCGCGUGUACUUUUGGAGCUGGUCCCCGGGGGGAUCUCGCUUCCAGUACUACUCGCCGCCGUUGCGGUCGCGGGACUUCAAGCAGAAGAAGGUGGCGGAUUUCGUGAGCAGUGUGUUCGUGCCUGGUACGACACAGGCACUGACCGGUACGGAAGACGGUGACCUGCUGGUGUGGGACGAGCAAGGAAUUACCGCCCAGGUGGGCACCAGCGCCACCGACAGACGAGCCAUCAAGCUGAUGCGCAUCCACUCCUCCCCCAUCACCCUGCUGUCCACGGUGGGGGACUUCAUCGUCAGCGGAGGUGAGGACGGCUACGUGAGGUUCUUUGACCCGCUGCUGCGCAUCGUGGCCUGGUUUGAGGACCUGGCGGCAGGCCCGGUGACAGCAGUAGCCUUCUCUGCCGUACUCCCCGACCGCAUCGCCCACGCCGACGCUGCCGACACCCUGAACCGCUUCAUGGUCCCCGACUUUGUCGUCGCCACACGCCAAUCCAAGAUCAUUUCCGUACAGUCCGCCACCUUUGAAGAGUACGACGCUGACCGCCGCCGCGGUACUUCCGUACUCGAUUCCCUUCUCGCCGACGUCGUCGACAUCGCCGCCCACCCCACGCGCGCGGAGUUCUCCGUCCUCGGCCGCGGAGGCGGUCUCCAGCGCUGGGACUCCAUCGCGCACUGUCUCGUGACGGCUCGGAGCUUCGCCAAUGGACCCAAGCAGGAGGGUCGGUGCUUGUGCUACAGCCGUGACGGGUCAUUGCUGGCGGUGGGGUUUGGUACGGGACAUCUGCACGUGCUGGACGGUGAUACGUUGGCGGAUACGUACGUGCUCCGAAACACAGCUGUGGGUUUGAGUCGGCUGGCUGUGUCCUCCACCGGAAACCACAUCGCCGCCGCGGACGAGAACCACCAGGUCCUGUUGUACGCCUACCUGCCGUACAAGCACACCAUGCGAUGGGAGUUCCUGGGUCGCUGCCGCUCCCACCACGGCCGCAUCGCCAGCUUGGUCUUUGGCGAGUCGCCAUCUGGUCAGACGCGAUUGUUGACGGUUGGGGCGGAUAGCCGGGUGGUUGAGUACGACUUAGCGACGUCGUCGGUGGCGGCUGGGCUGCGGCCGCUGUCGUACUAUGACUUCCCGCCCGGCGGCGGCGUUCCCACGUCGCUGACGUUUGCGCCGCCUUUGCAGUACUUCCGGGCGUUUGCGGCGGAGACCCACUUGUUAGUUUCAGAUGACGGCUACAAGAUCCGGGUUUUCAACCCCGACCGACCUGCCGUAGAGGCUACCUUCCUGGGCCCUACGUUUGGCGGCCCCAUCUCCCAAUUAGUCAUGUUUAAAAGUCCCGCAAGCGAUUCGGCUUUCCUUGCGUACCGUACGGCAGAGAAGGUGGUGGGCCUUAUCGCCUGGCCGCUGGACGGCGACCCAGCUCGUACGAUGGGCCUUAUCGCCCACCCGGGGGAGGUCCGAGCCAUUACUAUAUCGUACGACGGCCGGAAGCUGCUAACAGUAGGCGCUGACGGCACCCUGGCCAGCUGGGACAUCAACACCUCCCCCCUGGAGCGAUCCGCCGCGGCCGUCGCCUCCGAGGGCGACGAGGCCCGGUGGUCUGAGGUGCUGGGGGACCCCGAGCUGCUCAGGGAGAUGCGGGACUACUUCGUGUACGCGCAGAUCAAAACACAAGGGGAAGAGUCCUUACAGCCCAGGGCCGUGCCGGGUCUGGUCCCUGUGGAAAUUGUUCCCGACUUGUUGCGAGCUGCCGGGUUCUAUCCCAGUGAGGCCGACAUCGACCACCUGACCAACCACAUCCAGUACAUGGCGCACGGCCGAGAUCUAGACGCCAUGCCGGGAGUCAGCUUCGCCGACCUGCUGUAUCUGUACGUCAACCACCGACCCUUGUUCAACGUCACUCACGCCGACAUUGUGCAGGCGUUCCGGGACCUUCAGGGCGCAGGCUCUCCCGACAACCCCCGACUCACUCGAGAACAGCUGUUGACUCUCCUGCGCACCGCGGGAGAGCAGAUGGGCGCUGAUGAGCUGGCGGCGGCGCUGGCUGCCCUCACGGGCGCCCCAACCCCGGAGAAGGCCGUCCCGCCGGUCGUGACGGCGGCCCAGUUCAGUUCGGACUUGCUAGGGUUUGAGCUGGAGCAGGGUGGGGAGGGUGCGGCGGCGGUGGCAGCGGAAGCAGCGCAGUAG